GGCUGAAAUUACAACAAAACUUUAAAAAAAUUUCAAAUCCAUUAGUUUUCCAUGUAGAAAUUAUAAGAAAAAAAAUUUUUAGUGGGUCAGGGAUCCCCGUUCCCUGAUGAAUUUUUUUUUGCUUCGGGGAUGUCCUCAUGGCCAUAUAUAGAGUCCCUCCCGGAUGAGGUUCUCUACCAAAUUUUUUCGCUUCUGACAGUUCAAGAAAUCAAGUUAAAAGUAGCUUUGGUGUGCAAACGGUGGAACGAAUUAUCAAGAAAUCCAAGGUUGAUCAAGAAAUUGGAGUUCGGGCCUAGUCUCCAUACCGAUACUGUUAUUUCUGUUUUAAGAAGAUGCUAUUCCCUUCGGGAUCUCAAGUUUUUCUGCAGGAGAGAUAUCAACGACCUACUGACGGAGGUUGCUCUUUCGAAUUUGAAGCUGACUCGCCUGAAAAUAAAUUCUUCAAGAGAUAAUAGGCUCACGGAUAUCAAUACGGGUAUUUUACUUAACGUGUUAAGGUCCUGCACUCAACUGGGGGAGUUGACGGUGAAGAGAUGCAGUUUCGAGGAUCCGGAUGAAUUUUACAAAAAUGUCGGCCCGUUGUUACCGCACGCGAAAAUCAUCAAUUUCAACCACAACUUACAGUUGGGUUCGGAGCAGUUGACAGAGUUGAUCAAUUAUCUAAGACCGGUAGAGGAUUUGAGGAUAUAUUGUCUAUCGUUCAACAGGAUCGGGAGCGUGACACCGUAUUCGGACCGUCCUGUCCUUCAGCUGCUAUCCAAAAUGUGCGGAACGUUACGAGUUCUGAAACUGAACAUGCUCGGAUUGGGAGACGCCGUCAUGGCGAGUAUAUCCGAAUGCACGCUGCUGAGAGCUCUCCACAUGUACAGAGUUGUCAAUAUACACGACGAGAGUUUGCUGCUGAUAACAAGAUUGCCCCAUUUGGAAACGUUGGUGGUGACAGUUCCUCGGGCGAUAACUUCAGCAGGCUGGAGAAACGUCAUUACGCACGAAAAUAUGAAAAACAUGAAAGUGCUAACCAUAAGCAACAGUCACGCCAUCGACGAUUCCGUUUUGACCUCGAUAGCAAGGUCUUGUCGAAACCUGGAAAAAAUCAGUUUGCCCGGAUGCCGCAAAGUUUCCAACAUUGGUUUAAACUCUUUGAUGGUAAGCUGCAACAAACUUGAAUAUUUGAAUUUAUUUUCGACUAAAAGCAGUGUUUCUGAGACUUUUCCCGCGAUACCCGACCUCCUUCCCAAUCUCAAGACUCUCAUUUAUCGCCCGGUCGAUCGGCAAAAUCAAGACUUCGCUAAUCUGACUCACAGAAUGCCGAAUCUAAAGAUGACAUCCGUUUACAGGUACAUUUAACACUGACGAAGACUUAUGGAUUGUAGAAACUACUUAUACGUUGAGUUUAUACGCUUCUUAGCACGAGUCAGAAUGUUCACAGGUUCAGUUAACGACUUUUUACUUAGCGGGCGUACAAUUUUGCACAAUUUAUUUAUUGCUUCUGGACUAGGGGAAAAGAAAGACAAUAAAUGUUACGCAAUUAAGGCAACUGAUGUCAUAUUUACUGUUUCCUGUUAUGUCCGAGUCGUCGUAUUUGUCGCACAAUGAAUUUUGCGCAGUGAACUGUGUCAGUAAUGUUAUUGCCUUUGUAACGCCUGAUGAUGUAAUGUAUUCGAUUUCGGCGUAUUUGGAUCAUAUGGCUAAUCACAAGGUAGCCAUGUGCUAUGGCAGGACACCUUCAUCCUUCAAGUUUGCAAAAGCUCGCCAACGGAUACUUUGAACUAACUAAUGAUUUCUUGUAAAUAAAUAAAUUAUAGUUAUUCAUAUA